AUGAGUUUGCUCAAACGAGCGGUCUGGCUAGCGGCCAGCCCUGGGUUCAACGUCUUGAAUCACCUUGGCGCUAAUUCGCCCUGGUUUUCUAGCCCCAAUAUCAACCACAUUUCUACUGAAGUGCCAGCUGGGUGUGCGGUCGAUCAGGCAGUCUACAUUGUUCGCCAUGGUAGUCGUUAUCCGGACCCCGGUGCUUAUGAAGAGUGGGAGGCACUGUAUAAAAAAUUCCAAUCUGCAAAGUACAAAGCCCAUGGCAGUCUGGAAUUUUUGCCUGACUGGCAGCCCGUCGUGAAGCAUCCCGAAGAGGAGAUGUCCAUGGUUUCCCUCGGUGGAUAUUAUGAGCUGUAUACCUUCGGCGUUGAGCUACGAUGGCGAUACCCCAAUUUCUAUACUGAUAAUGACCCUUUUUUCUUGUGGGCCAAUGAUUAUCCUCGAACAAUCGAUUCAGCAAGACUCUUCGCUCGUGGGUAUAUGGGUCCUAAUGCCACCUUGGAUGGCACUAUCUACGUCGUCAACGCUGACGUCCCCUCCUCUGUUGGCAACUCCCUCGCUACAUCAGAUAGCUGUCCAACAUUUCACGACACUAGUGGCGGCGCCAAUGUCACCGCCUGGGCAGAUAUUUACCUGCCCCCUAUUACCAAACGCCUCAACAAGCUGAUUGAAGGAAACUUGACUCUAGUAGACGCCGAUGUCUCGCUCUUUCCCUAUCUUUGCGGCUUUGAGACCCAGAUUACUGGCUCUGUUAGCCCAUGGUGUGAUAUUCUCUCAGAUGAUGAGAUCUUACAGUACGAGUAUGCCCAAGACAUGCGUUAUUACUACGGUACCGGUCCCGGCGCCGGGAAGAACAUGACAGUCCAAUUCCCUCUGCUUCGAGGCAUCGUCGAGCAACUGCAAAGUGGACCUGGAGUGGCCAGGGCAAAGACGGCUACCAACAUCUCAACGAAAUUGCCACCUUUGAUUGUUGCUUUUACUCAUGAUAAUCAAAUCAAUGAGCUGGCCUCCAUUUUGGGUAUCUUUGACAGACAAAAGCCUCUCGAUCCAAAGAAACUCGAGGACCGCCUUUACGUUUCAUCCAACAUCACCCCCAUGCGCGGAACGCUUGCAUUUGAGCGUCUCAACUGUUCAGCUAGCAAGCAAUAUGAAGCCUCGAAAGACAAACCAUAUGUGCGCAUCCGUCUGAAUGAUGCCGUGUAUCCCAUCCCAUCGUGCCACAGCGGCCCCGGCCAGAGCUGUAGUGUCUCGCAGUACGCAGAAUACGUGUCCAAAAAGUGGCAGUCGUACGGCUCCUUUGCUUCAGUAUGCAAUAUCUCGGCUGCUACUGUGGCCACAUCUGAUACCGGAGCGGUUACGUUCUUCAAUGAUUUGACACUACCGUUUUUGAGCACGGUGCAGCCAUAGUGAUCAUUUCGGUCGCCUAGUAUACGUUGCACUCCAAAGGAAAAUAGGCUUGAUGUAGAAUAGUACGUGUGGUAGUGUUUGUUCUAU